CCUGCUGCAGCCCUAGUGACUCAUAGAUGGCUGCUCUCUCUCUGUGUCACUGAGUUGCAUUGUUCACUGUAGAAUAUAGAGAGCCUUCAUACUAAAGUAUAAGCACUGGCACUUAGGUUAUACCAAAACCUCUGGUCAACCUUUUGCUGAUCCAUGGAGAAGAUGGCAUCUCCUCUCUAGGUUUCCUUUAGGGUAUACAUAGUCUGGGUCACCCAGAGUCCAAAUGGAAAGGAUGGCUAUGACAUUGGAAAAGUUCACCCGCUCUCUUGAUGCCACGUCUCUCCCUAGAGUACUGCAGAUACAAUCUGGAUAUUAUUUCCAAGGUUCUGUGUAUGAACUGUUUGGAAGAGAGUGGAGUUUCUCCUAUGGAGAGCUCCUGAAGAUCAUUGGGAUCAGUGUCACCAGACUCAAUGUGGAACUUCAGUCUGAGGGUUCCAAAUCUAUGACAGUAGAUAUAUCUCUCGACUAUCCAGGCCUUUUCAGGAUCGUGGCCGACAAGAGCCCAUACGCCAGUAUACAGGAGAUUGUUGAGGCAGUGUGUAUCAGCCCUGAGUGCCUGGGCCAGCCAGAGUUCCGCUGCCCUGAGGAACUACAGCUGGCUGAGGGGACCAUCCAGGCUGAGGAGAGCUUCAGACUCACUGCUCUUAGGACGAAGCACGGAGACAGCCAUGUUGACUGUGAGGUCACGCGGAAAGACUCCAAGCACAUCUUCACUGUGAAGCUCUCGCACACUGGGGAGUUCUAUGAGUGUGCCGACGACCAGUUCUACACCCUCAGGGAGCUGGUGGAGUGGAAAAUGCCCAAAGGAAGGAAAAGGACAGUGACUUGGGCCAAGUCUUUGCCAUCAAAGGAGAAGUGUCUGUCUAAGUUGCCAGAGGACUACAGUGGAGAGCUGGUUCUCACACCUGUCUACGAGCUCCAGACUGUGUCCAAGUUUGGGAAGAACGUUGUUUUCAUCCCAUCUACCCUUGACGUUGAGGUGUUGGACGUAACCGAGGAGAGUGACGGUGCCUGUUUCAUGCAGCCUCUGUCACUCCGUGAUGUCUUUGCCAAGCCGAGCGAGGUCUUCCCCUUCAGGGCUGAGAUCAUAGAGCCACCAUCACAAGUUCAGGAGGAAUUGGGUUUCCUGAAGUCCUCUAAGCAAGUCAUUGUCCACGGUGCCUACCAGACCAAGAGGAUCCUAGCGUCUGAGAUCCGCAGCGAGGCCCAAAGACGCUUCCUCAUUCCAGUGUCUUACAACGGCAGGUUCAAGCGCAGGCCCCGGAUGUUCCCCACAGCGUAUGACCUAGAGGUAGCCAAGAGUGACAUGGAGCAGCUCCACGUGGUGGCUACCAGGGCCUUUGAGGCCGACUACGAGGGUCUGUCCUCAGUACUGGUGGGAGACCAGUACCUGGUCCACAAAAGGGAGACCAGUGAGGUGAUCUACGGCGGCAGGAGAAAGACGGUGGAGGCCCUGGCCUGUGAGAAGAUGGUGGGGAAGAAGUACGAGGCCGUGCUGAUCCCCAUGUGUCUGUACGGCGGCUUUGUGGAGGUGGUCCACGACAAGAAGCAGUACAUGCUCUCAGAGGUCUGCCACAGGUUCUCCCUGCCCUUCAACGUCAAGGUGUCUAUGAGGGACCUCUCAGUCAUGGAGGACCUCCUGGCUGGGGCCACAGGGCUGCAGCUGGAGGAGGAGAUCACUGACCCCUACCUUCUUGUCUCCACCCCGGACCUGGCCCAGUGCUGGGAGGUGCCUGUCAACCGCAUCAACAUGACCCUGCAGCUCCUGCAGCAGUGGAGCGGCCCAGAGCCGACCCAGGGCCAGGCUGUCCGCUCGGCUGUGGAGGAGAUAGGAGAGGACUGCUAUUUUACCCUGAGGAGGUACGUCAACGCCAGUGUGCUGCCUCCCCCUCGACCACCCAAGAGACAUCAACAGCCCUUAGAAGACACAUUGAAACUGCAGCCUCCCAGGCCAAAGAAGCCAGACCCCCCCUCUCCAAAGAGCCCACAUACAGCCAAACCAGCCAUGCCUAGCCCUAGUUCAUCUGAUUGUGCAGAACAGAACACCUCUAUACCAAGAAAUGAAACGUCCAACACAAAUCUGGUUGCAGUGCCUAAACCAGGCCCACAAAAAGCCAUCGUUGAAGAAAACAGUCCUCACAACAAUACAAUUGAACAGGAUGAUGAAUACACUCAUGAUUAUGAAUACAUUGAUGAGGAUGAACUUGACAGCAUCAGGAGAAAAUUUAAUGACCAAAGUAUUCACAUAACAGACAAAAAGAAAUCAGAAAACACAUAUGCCAUGCAGACUGCAAAACAGGUUUAG